UUACAUCAACACUAUUACCUUUAUUAACCAAAUUUGUAAUCUCAUAAAUAAAAGACACUAAGUUAGUUUGAUAAGGUCUGUUUUCUGUAAAUGAUUGUUGAUUUGCAUUAAUAAUAGUACCCUUCUUUAAUUAAUCGAGCCUCAUCUCAGCUGUUCUUUUAUCUUGCCCAAGAUCAUAAACAGAAUGUUUGUCUUUUGGUUUCCCUUGCAAACAGCAUAUGCCAAACCAUUCCUGAGGGAAGAUCCAUGUUGUUCAUUAGUUGUACAGUGGUUAUUCCAAGGAGCCCUAAUCAUGAAUUAGGGUACUACUGUGCAAGAUGCUGUACAAACACACAAUAAAAAGACAGUCUCUGCCACAAAGAAGUUACAAUUUGAGAGAGAGAGACAGACUGAUUCACUCCUAAAUUGACUUCAUUAUAAAUGUCAUAUUACUGCAUAAUUGCAUUUAUGACCAAUACCAUUGGCAUGACCUGACAGUUUGAAGGCACCAAGUGAGCAGUAGAUUAAGAUUUUUUUUUUUUUUUUCUUCCAAACAAGUAAAUUCUGGUAGAGUAAAUGAAAUCUGAAACUAGCUUUAAUAAAAUCAGUGUUUUCCUUAAAAUGUCUCUGCUAAUAUUUAACCCUUUCAGAAACGAAUGCAUAAAAUAAGUGGAAAAUGACAGUAAACACAUUUUUCUCUUGUACAGACAAUGAUUUGCAAGGCACUAAUAGUUCUGGAUCAUUGGGUGGUCUUGAUGUUCGCAGACGAAUCCCUAUAAAGCUCAUCUCCAAACAGCCCAACAAAACCAAACCUGCACCACGUGCUCCAAGAAUUAUGAACAGGAUGCCUUCAAAGGCACAGGCUGGUGAUGAAGAAGAAUUUGAUUAUAAUGAAGAGGAGCGAUAUGAGUGCAAAGGAGCUGACAAGUUUGGGAAUCCAAGAAGAUUCCCCGGACACAUAUUUUGGGACUUUAAGAUAAAUUUGCUCGGAGAAAAGGAUGAUACACCAGUCCAUUUCUGUGACAAGUGUGGAUUGCCCAUCAAAUUGUAUGGGCGCAUGAUACCUUGCAAGCAUGUUUUCUGCUAUGACUGUGCUAUAUUACAUGAGAAGAAGGGUGACAAGAUGUGCCCAGGCUGUAAUGAUCCUGUGCAGCGAAUUGAGCAAUGUGUGCGGGGGUCUCUCUUCAUGUGUAGCAUUGUUCAAGGGUGCAAGAGAACAUAUUUGUCUCAGAGAGACUUACAGGCUCACAUCAACCAUCGUCAUAUGAGAGCUGGAAAACCUGUUACCCGUCCUCCACUUGAACCUGUACAUCCUCCUAUUGCCCCGCCUCCUGCUGAAAUUCCUGAGCGUUUCAUAAUGCCACCUGAUAAGCAUCAUAUGAGCCAUAUUCCACCAAAGCAGCACCUCAUGAUGCCACCACCUCCUUUACAGCAUGUGCAACACGAGCAUUACAACCAACCGCACGAGGACAUUCGUGCACCCCCAGCAGAGAUGUCAAUGGCUCCACCACCACCACGCUCGGUCAGUCAGGAUACAUUUCGUAUUUCCACAAGAAAACACAGCAAUUUAAUAACUGUCCCUAUUCAGGAUGAUUCAAAUUCAGGUGCUCGAGAACCACCUCCACCAGCCCCAGCACCUGCUCAUCAUCAUCCUGAAUAUCAGGGUCAACCAGUGGUAUCCCAUCCUCAUCAUAUUAUGCCUCCACAGCAACAUUAUGCACCACCCCCGCCACCGCCACCACCAAUAAGCCAUCCAAUGCAACAUCCUCCCCAGGGAGCAGGUACUCCUCAUAUGGUUUAUAGCCAAGCUCCACCACCACCGAUGACCUCUGCUCCACCACCAAUAACCCCUCCCCCUGGACACAUAAUUGCCCAAAUGCCACCAUAUAUGAAUCACCCUCCUCCAGGACCUCCCCCUCCUCAACAUGGUGGCCCACCAGUAAAUGUAAAUGCACCCCCUCCCCAUCACUAUAAUCCUAACUCUUUGCCGCAGUUCAGUGAAGAUCAAGGAACUCUCAGCCCUCCUUUUACACAGCCUGGGGGAAUGAGUCCUGGAAUGUGGCCAGCUCCAAGAGGGCCUCCUCCACCCCCAAGAAUGCAAGGCCCACCUUCUCAAGCCCCACUUCCUGGACCACAUCACCCAGAUCAAACCAGAUAUAGACCAUACUACCAAUGAUAUUAACAGUAAUUUGAACUGAGUAUGCUAUGGGAAGGAUAAACUAUAUACAGCAGCCUUUUAAUGAAUCUGUUUUGGGGGGGUCUCUUUUUCCCCCUCUUUCUCCUCCUCUCUUCCUCCUCCCUGCCCCCC